AUGGCUGCAGAACAAGCAAUGCGUUACCCACCGAGACUUUACGAAGAAGGGAUGUCUAGCCUCAAGAAUAAAAGCAUGUGUACCUAUUUUAGGAUGGCAGAUUUCCCUGGGGUUAGGGAAUCAAUUGGACAAGACGCGUGGGAUGAGAUCAAGCAAUUACCUCUUGGAAUAGUUGCUAAAUUAGUUGAAAGCAAAUUCGUUUGGUUUGCUAAGACUGUACACUAUCUAUUGUGUAAUCAGUUGAGAAUUAAACACAAAGAGCUUUGGUGUUUAGUUGGUGGCCAGCCUAUAAGGUUUGGUUUGAAUGAAUUCGCUCACCUCACGGGGUUAAACAUAGAUCCAACUCCAUCAGAGAAGUUUGAACCUUCAGUUGACUUCAAAAAGUUCUUAACAGAAGAAUUGAAAGUUCCCGGUGGGGAAGGUCCAACAUAUGAUGAGCUACUUAAAGGAUUAUUAGUGUGCCGGUCAUGGUCUGUUGAGAAGCGCAAGUGGUUGGGGCUAUUGAUUUUUCUAGCCAUUGGACUCUACUGCGUGCAUCAUAACUCACGGAUACCAUUUGAAGCUGCAAAAAUAGUUUCUGGUGAUAAAGCCGUGAAGGCUUAUCCAUGGGGUCGGGUCGCAUUUGAGACUAUGGUUGAUAAUGUCAAGUGCUUGAAUCCUAGAGGUAGUUUGUACACCCUUGGUGGGCCGGUUUACGUGUUACAAGCUUGGGCAUAUGACUCUAUCAAAUGCUUAGGAGAGCGAUUCGGGAAUUUAGUCGAGAAUGAAGAGAUCCCGUUGUUUCGAUGGCUUGGGACCCGUACACGUUCAGCAUUAGAUGAGGCCAUUGCUGAAGAUAUCAAAAAGUAUAGUGAGACAGAAGAAGACCCAGAACUUGUCAACUUGGUCAAUGACAUACAUGAAGAAAAACUUGUUAAAGGUUUUUGGGAUGUGAAAGUGAAUGAGGACAAGAAGAAGAGUGGAAAAGUUAGAGCAGCGGUUGAGUCUGAAUCUCCCGCUAAGAAGCAAAAAGUUGAAAAGGGUGGUGAUUCUGGUGCAGAAGAUGCACAGAAGAAGAAGAAGAUAAACGAGGAGGUAAAGCCUCAUGAACAGAAGAAUAAGCAGAAGAAGAGUGAGGAGGUAAAGGCUGAUAGUGAAGAGGACGAUGCUGGUGGAAUGGCGUCACUUAAAUUACUCGUGGGUAUGGUUUCAGAAAUGAAAUCAAGUAUUGAGACCAUGAAAUCAAAGGUUGAGACCUUUGAUGAUAAGUUCACACGUGUUGAUGAAGAAUUCGUCAAUAUGAAAGGCCUAAUUUCCUUCGUUGCCAGAGGUGGAGGCCUAGCUGGUCUCAUGAGUGGAGGCAAAAACAUUCAGAAUGACGACAAAUUACCACUCAAGAGCAUCUCCAAUAUAAGAAUCAGGGAUGCUUUUGGGAAAAAAAAAGAACAGACACCUGAAAUUCAGAAGAAACCGUCAAGCCAAGACUACUCUGUUACUAGUCCCCCGGAUUUCGAUGAGGCCACUAAUAAGAAAGAUGGUCUUCUUGAUUUCAUUGAGAAAUCUCCCUCUCCUGCUAAUAAGAAAACGCGGCCUGUGACGCGGAAUUUAGAAGCACAGCAGAGGAAAGAGGCCGAGGCUCAAAAGAAGAAAGAGGAGCUAAAGAAGAGAGAUAGAAAGCCUAGAGCUGUUCAGCAGCUGAAACCAAGUGUCCCUUCUGAUCUGGUGGAAGAACUUGCUGAAGAUGUUGUAAAGAUUCCUCUUGUCAAAUUCAAACUCUCAAAGGUUGAGGUUGAGGACAACAAAGGGGACAGAAAAGGGGACAACAAGGGGGUUAACAAAGGGGACAACAAAGGGGAUAACAAAGCUUCUGACAAUGAAAUAGAGGAUAUCACUGACAAUAAUCCUUUCGAGAACUUCAACAUAUUACCUGAAUCUGAUAUUGAUGAAGAAGAAAAUAUUAGGAAUGAAAGGAUUAAAGGCUUAAGGUUAGCAAAUGUGAAGUUUGCUAAAGAUGGGAGUGCAUUAGAGCCACAGCCGAAUCCUCAUGUUUUCCCUAUUAUUGGAGAGAAUGGGCUGACAUGUAUGAGGAAGAACUGUGCACCUUCUGUUGCAAUAUAUGAUCCUUUCGCCCCUGUUGAUCCUGCUAGAUUGGAGAGAUUAUUGGAACACUUAAGUCCACACAAGGCUACCCCAUAUGGCAAGGCGGUCCCUGAAGUUGAAUUCUACAAGAGAAUCAUCACUGAAAGAAAGGAUUGGCCAGAUUCGGACACUAAGUAUGGCUGGCAGUGGGACGAUAGGCCGAAUGAGUCGCAUUUCUUCAAAUGGGUUGAUGAGGCAUCGGUUGAAGAAAUUAAGAUGGUCGACGCAAAGAUUUCUUUUCAUGUUAAAUGA